AUGUUCACAAACAAAUCCGCUGCAAGAUCGCAGGAGAAGGAGACACAGGUUGAGGAGAUGCAGACCAUGCCUCUUGACGACGAGUUCCUCCACGUCGACUUCCUCACGCACGCGCAUACAAUCGCUACAAAUGGCGAUAGGCCUCGCGACGCGCACACAGCGGACUUAGUCACCUCUCUGCUAGCCGUCGCCCGCCUCUCUGCUCGUAUCGCCUGUGAGCUCACCUGGGACCAGAUCAGCGCGGACAACAAGGGGAUACUGAUUGCGCGCCGCGACAUGAGUCGCAUCAUCCGAGACUACGACACUCAGAUGGAGCGCACUAUUGCAGGUGGCGAAGCUCGCCACCUGCACGUCCACGGUCCUAUGCCAGCCCCGGCCGUGCUCAACAUGUCCCAGCUCAUCGACAGCGGGGCUUCCUCUGUGGAGACUGUGUCUCACUGGACUACGGAGCCUAUGACCAAGCUGCUCAAGGACGCCCUCUUUGACCGUCUCAAGGUGCCACUGUUCACGCUGCUCAAGGAGUCUCUGCACGACCCGCUGCUCAAAGCUCUCACUGCCGAUCUGUACUCUGACCUCUUGGGCCAACUGCGAGCUCUGCUUCAGGAAGGCCUGGCCGAACCUCUCGUGGCCAGCGUGGCUCCUCGUGUGGUAGAGAAGGCGAAGGCCGACAUGGACUCGCUUAUGAGAGACUACCGGACGGAGGUUGGACACGAAGCGGAUGCGCUAGAAAAGCGGGAGCGCAUGCUGAAGUCGCGCGAGAUGGCCCUCGCGCGUGAGGCGGAUCGAGGCUGCGACUGCCCAGUCGACCACGACUUCAACUGCAACAACACCAGCGACCACGACCGCACCCUCGAGCGUGACGUCUCCAACACCUUUUACCGCGAAGUUGCCCUGGACGUAGUCCGCGACCGUAAAGCGAGCAGCGGAGGCCGCGUCGCCCGCAUUGCCAACUCACAGCAGGUUCAAAACGGGGCCGGCGGUUCGCGCGGGACGAGGGACGAGAACGACGCACACGCGCGCGAUCGCAGCAAGCGCACACGCACAAACUGA